GUGUGGUGUGUGACCAGAGUACGUCUACAUGUGUUGCCGUAUAAAUCAAUAUUGAUUCAAGUAGUGUGUAUCGACUACAUUCAGUAGAGCAAUAAGCCCGCACAGCUCCGUAUGUGGGUCUUUACCUACAGUGAUGAUCCAAACCUAAGCCUUGCCAUCUACUUAACAUAGUUCUGACACGACCACGACGACAGCUAGUACAUGACAUUGUAUCAGCAAUCUACAGCUGAUCUCAUUGAUGACAAAGGACCGACCGGUUUCGCCAGAUGACUCAUCGGCCUGCCUUUAAUGUUUGAGAGAAGGCAAGUAGGCCACAGCCAGCGCUGAGUGCGGCAUCCAGCGUACGCUCCCUUUCGACCCGUUCUGCUUACAACGCCUGGUUGGCCAUGUGAGGACGCGUUUUCUAACUACUCGAAGCGAGGACUGAUUUCUGACGACUCGUAGCAUUCAGGUUGAGGGAUAGCCCAGCGAUAUAAAUAGGCCAAUGCUUCGCCAAUGAACGAGGCUGACGGAGCAACGGAGUGUACAUGACGUGUUGGAUAUUUGUCCUCAUUUUUUGUUUGGUCUCCUGUGAUAUAUACUAGGCUGACGCGGAUGUUAAAGGUUAUAUCAUAGCAGAGAGAUCAAGACGUUGUUUUCAGCUUGUGGCUUUCUAUAUGGGACUGGUGCGAGACCCUCUCUGGACUGUUCGUCAACUCAACAUGUAUCCGGAUCGAAUUGGGGAUUAUAAGAUCCUUUCGACCCUCGGAACGGGCACUUUCGGAGAUGUGUACAGAGUGGAGAAAGGGGGAUACGAAUAUGCCAUGAAGGAUAUUGUGAUUGGUGCCAAAGUUGAUAAUUUGAUUCUUCAAAUGGAGGUAGAUUCUCACAAAUCGAUACCAAAGCAUGAUAAUAUUGUUGAGUUUAUUGAUUCUUUCAAAUCAAAGUAUAACUGGUACAUUGUUCUAGAAUACUGCGCACUUGGGACACUUGAGGACUAUGUCAUAGCCCAUCGUCCAGACAAAGACUUCGCGACGUCGUUCAUGUUGGACAUGGCUCGAGGUCUUCACCAUCUGCACAGCAACAACAUCGUUCACAGGGAUAUUAAACCUGAGAAUAUCUUGAUGGUAAAAGGACCAUAUGGAAUUCCAAGAUGUAAGAUUUCGGACUUUGGUGUGGCAAGGUUUGGAACAGUUGAAUCUGAUCCCGGACUCAACAAUGGGGCCGUUCAGGAGGAGCGCUAUUUCCAGUCACUGUGCGGAACACCGUAUUUCCUAGCGCCGGAGGUGAAAAAUAGACAGUACACAAGAUCCUGCGAUGUUUUCUCACUCGGAAUAGUGUUUUAUUUGCUGUUUUCAAAGGAUUCGUCUUCUGGCAAACGUUUGACUCCAUGGGCAAAAGGGGGAACGCCCUUCUACAGGGCGACAGACACUCAAAUCAAAGACCAGCUGAAGGUUCACGUACACGAUGUAACCAUAUACACACUGAUUGAAUCUAUGUUACUGAUAGAUUUCCACAAUCGCGUGACAGCGAAAGCUCUUGUGGGCCACCUCAUGGCUCUAGAGGUUCCAGAUGAUGAGGUGUUUAUUGCUGCAUGGGUUCUUGUUGCCGUUUUGGCCAUGCUGGCAAUAUUCCCGUUCCCACUGUUCGUGUUGACUGUGGUCGUUCUGUUGCUUGCUUGCUGGGAGUUUCUACCGAGAAGUACCUUCAGAUAGGUAUCUCCGUUCUCGGGAGGAUAAUCAGUGUUUCAAAUGGAUAUAAAUUGUGCUUACUGCGUUGCAUUAUACCAGUGACAGCAUUGAUGCAAGUACUUUGAAUCACCUCGGAUGUAUAAUGAAUGUUCAAAACGUGCUUAUAGGUUGGUCUGCACAUACGGUGCUCGUGGGUUUCACCAAAGUGGAAAUCGUCUUGCAUAACUUCAGGCUUCCUUCGCUCAUCAACCUGACACGCCGUGAUAUGACGAGACACUGUCUAAAGCGGCGUGAAACCAAAUUCACUCAGUCACAAAUCAAUCCGUGGGAUAAACCAAAAGAACUGUGUGUAUUGGUAUGAGAUCUUCCUCAAAAAUGAAUAUAUAUAUAUAUGAUGUAUGGAUAUCUAUGAAUCGGUGGCGACAAAUAUAUGGUUUAUGAACGUGCUUUUGCAUACCAUUAUAUUAUAAACAUUACAUUUGAUAUUGACUAUUACAAAUGCUUCACUAUAUACAUUGAAACGAAAUGGCAAUGAAUACGUAAAUGUUUAUCAAGUAUUACAUCAUGACCAUGUUAUAUUGUAUUAUUCAGAAUAUUAUAUGCGACACGUGAGACAUCUAUGACUCACGAAAUAUGGCCAAAUUAAAAUGUUGAUAUGAUCA